GGUUUAUCGUGAAGACAAAGUGCAGCCAUGCACACAGAUGGGGCUUAAUAGAGACACUGACACCCCGGCCAUGUUUACACGCUCCUCUCCAGUCGGGUGUCUGAGUUAGACCGGGUACAUCAAAUUUGUUUCCUGUUUUCACGAGCAACUCAUUUCCACAUUAGAGACAUCAGUAGAGUCCCAGCUAAACAGCUCAGCCAGACCUAUUUAUUAUCAAGUCGAAAACUAAGAGAGAUUGAUGCUAUUAACUUUCUACCCUGCGGCUCUGAGAUGAUUGGCCAAGAGUCAAUAAUUACAAUAAAAGAAGAAUGAACCAAAUCUGCCCAGCUUUCCCAGGCUGCCUGCGUGAUGCUGUGAGCCACCCCAGCAGUGGUGGGAUUAGAGCGCUAAGCUGCCACAGCCGUCAAACCCAGAGAUUGCAGAAGAGGGAGAAGCAGCCUAAUUGGUACAAUCAGCUCCUGAGCCUGCUAAGAAAAUAAAGGAUGGUCUCCCCACGUAGUGACACUUCAUGCUGCUUGCAAGUGGGGCUCAGCUGAGCCACCAGCUUGGGCCUUUGAUGGCUGCCCAGGCCCGGGGAGGUAGUUGACUAGUGCUGUGCACGGCCCACACGGCAGCCUGUAACUUCCCCGUCUCCUUCCUCCGACCAGAUGGUAAGCCCCUGCCUCCUGUCCUGCCUCCUCCUGCUGCCAUGGGGCACCUGCUUUCCUCUACUGGGCAGAGAAAAGCCCAUGGAUGCCAUGGGUGGCAUUGAAGGCGAAGUGAGCUGGGCCGGGGGACGCCGAGUCCACUUCCCAUGGGGCUCCUCACAGCAGCCGAGAGUUCCACACCCACACGCCCUGCUCGGCACAGCCGUGGAGCUGCAGAUGUCAGGCAGAGAGCAUGCCGGUGUCAGGUGGUUUGGGAGGCAGGAUGAUGGCAACGAGGCUGCCAGCUUCCCUCCGGCUGAUGGCGAGGCUAGCGGCCCACUGGGGACCCUGGCUGAGGAGCUCAAUGGCUACAGCAGGAAGAAAGGUGGCUUCAGCUUCCGCUUUGGCCGGCGGUGAAGGGCCAGGGCACCCUGGAGAGGGUUUCUCCUUGGAUACUGCCUCCCCCCGCCCCCAACUUCCACUCCACAAGCCUCAAAGACGCUGAGAUGUGGCUAUUAUUAUAAUGAAGUAGCAGUAGGAUUGGUUAGGUGGGUGCUUACUUCUGAUUUUCAACUUUGCUGAAGCAAAAACUUGGGUGGUGUCAAAAAGAGGUGACCAAAGCAAGCUGUAUCUUGGGUAAGAUGACUCCACCAUCGCAGCUCACCCACACUAUGGUCUGGUUCUGGUCAGCCCCCUGGCUCCAGCGGCAUGGAGUCCGGGAUGCUGUUGGGCCACGAAUAUGAACAGAGCUGGCUGUGCCAGCUCCGGGUUGAAGGCAGGCAGACGGAAUGACUGCAGUGGGGUGAUCAAAGAUUUGACAGUCUCCAUAGGGACGUCUGUAGCUGACAUCCAAAGAGCAACUGUGAAUGAGCACAUUCCACUGGGUAAAGAGUACAGUUCUGAAAGUUAAAAAUGGAAAAAUAAAAUCUUGUUCUCCGCCCCAUUAACACACGACCCCUCUGGCAAGAAAACUCUGCUGUGGUGUCGGGAUGCUGUUCAGAACCAGCUGCCCAUCCCCUUCUGGUAACUGUCCCCCUCGAUGGUACAGUGUUUGUCAAGCCAAGUGUCUCGUGGGACAUGAGCAAGGAAUCCAUUUUUGCUAUAGCAAGGUUGCAUUUCAAAUGUUAGGAAUAUGAAUGGUAUACGGAUCUUUUGAAAUAAUAGUUGUAAACUGCAAAGCCGUAACAAGCAGCUCGCCUGGCUCUUGCCUACAGGUCCUCUGUGCACUAGGAACUUCGCUUUCCUGAGCCGCCAGUGCCUCAACUCUGGGGAGAUGGAAAUUGUGUUGUAUGCACCCACACACCUCUCCCAGCAUCCCCUUAAUUGGCAGUUGGUAAAAUGCCCAUGGUCCAAGGUACAGAGAAACAGACGGUGUAUUUUCCUCCUGCACUUGACUGCUCUCUCCCUGGUUUUCUCCAAGCAAAGAACAUUCUGAAAUCAUCCGCUCUACCUGAGGGAAGUUAGUGCUCAGCCACUGGGGCGAGGCAGAGCAUCUCUUCUUAACGCUGCUCUGGUGUGUCCUGUGUUCCGUCUCAUGUCAGAUACGGCAGUCAGAUACUGCUUACUCCCAGGCUGGCUUCAACUGCUGAGAUGAGAACCUGUAUUGAUGUUACUAUGGCAACAUCUCCCGCCUCCUUUCGAGCUGCUGCUUGUCUCUGUUCACAAUUGAAUAAUUUUCCAUUGAGCUGUCACAAUUAAUUGCUGGAUUUUUAUUAGCCUUUUAGAACCACACUGGGUUGGACGCAGCUUGACCCCUUGGAGCAUUUCACAGUGUUUUCCGUUGUUAGUGACUUAACAGUAGCGGCUCUGUCCUUGGCAGCUAGAAAGCCACUUCAUUAAGUGGUACACAGAUCUGAGCCACAAAAGUCAAGCUGACUGGGGAGCAGAACUGGGGGGUAGGAUGGGACGGGAACAGAGGAGUCAGAACACCCCCUUAUGUUAAAGCGAACUGCCUUCUCCUGGAGCCCCUCACGGCUGCUCCCCUGUGCCUUGGUACCUAUGCCCUAGGGCUCAGAGCUGCUGAUAGGGACCAGACAGGGACACAGAGCCUGGAAAGCACAUCAUACUCUUUGGCCUCCACUACUGUCCAAGAAAGGGGUGGCCUAGGAUGCCUCCUGCUAAUGUGACAGUCCGAUGGGGAAGGAACACAUCCCCGGAUCUUCAUCCACUGGUAACACACACUCGCCCUCAAGCCAUGGAGGGCAAACCUCAAGAAAAUGAGCCCCAGUGCUUGUCCACGAAAGACAGCUCUGGUGCCAAGAAUGUUUGUCACAGGGUGGCUGGACGAAGCGCGUACAAUUCCAGCCCAGGCUGUCUCCCCUAGGUGUGUGCUUGUCUCCACUCUGGGUAGCGACCAAUCAGCCUCCCUCAGCUCGUUCACCCAGGGGACUUGCUCAUCAAAGACCAAGUGCAACCAAGACCAAGGGCAGAGGGAGGCCUUGUAGCAAGGUGUCCUGAGUCUCACGUGCAGUUUCCACUCCUAGAAAACAGGAACACAAACACACACACACACACCCCUGUGCUGCUCCCGUGGUCACCACACACACACACACCCACCCCCGUGCUGCUCCCGUGGUCACCAAGGCUGAGACAUUCCUGCCUGUUUACAUACACUUAGGGAGUGCCCUGGCUAGUUUUUAACUUAGUUGGAUUAAAUUAACCUCAGUGGAGAAAUCUCAGAUAAAGAGAGCGAGAGGGCCUUCAAAGGCGUGGAUAUCCCGUCAUUAAGCUUUCAUCAUUAAACAAAAAUCAACAAAGCUACUCUUUCUCAGUGGGGGGUGGGGGGGCGGCGCUCAAUAAACCUGAAAAUCAAAACAAUCGAAAGGCUAAGGGCCCUGGUUUGUUAAGUU